AUGCGCACGUGUCAGACACUGCUGGAUCACGGUUUCGUCCAACUGAAGACUGUCGAGUGUUUGGAAAAAGAAUACCAAGUGCUGAACAGGACCGUGACCACGUUCGCCACUGCCAGUAGACCGCCACCGCCCGCUUCGGGACCGCAGAACACAACCGAAGAACCCGGUAACGAAAAGAAAUUUUUGGCUUGCAUCCCGUCCGCUUCCCCUCGCGGUCACACGGGUUACCUGACCACGGCCACGUUUCUCAUGGAAACCCGACUGCAGCCGGAGGAGGUGGAGAUCGAGGACGCGUGCGAAAAAUGA